AGUGGACCGCCUCGCAACGUAACGCGCCUCGGCGCGCGCCGGCGAAGCUCACGUCGAGGUAGGCGCUGCUCGAAUCUCGGCGUCGGCCGACGACGGUCGUCACCCAGAAUUCCUCGCGCGAGCGUCAGUUGGAAAGAAAAAUGGCGAACGGAGGUGCCGCGGAGUGCGAACCGAGCGAUCUGACGACGGACGAGGUUGAGCGGCUCAUUGAAGCGGUGAGAGAGCGCGAGUGUCUUUAUGACGUCGGUUCUCUAGAGUACAGGGAUUCCAAGCGAAAAAAGAAUGCCUGGGAGUCCGUGCGCAUUGCCUGCGGCAUGAAGUCCGGUGAGGACGCACAAAAAGCGUGGAAGCGUGUACGCGACAGGGCAACCACCAACGUAAAGGCACCACCUGUGGGCGACACAGCACAGUGUCUAUUAAUGGAAAUGGUGGAAUCUUCUCCUGACGACUCGACCAUUCCCACUGACUUCGAGCCUGCCCAAAAAGAGCUGCAGUGCAGCCCCGAGGCUGCUGUCCCAGCCACGCCGUCCACCUCGAACGAGGCGUUUGCCUACUCUGUAGCACAAUCUCUAGAUCGUUGGGACGAGGUCACCAGUGCCCAAUUCAGGGCUUGUGUUAUGCAGAUUGUGUAUGAGUAUUAA